AUGAACAUGGCUGGAACUGUCUGUACCAUGAACAGUUUCAUGGCCAUGGUCAUCAUCUGGACGCUGACAGCACAUGCAGAAACAGACAAGCCUCUUGGAGAGACAGUUAAGACUGGAUUUCAAACAUGCAAGGAUACCUUGAAACUACCUGUCUUGGAGGUCCUACCAGGAGGCGGCUGGGAUAAUCUGAGAAACAUAGACAUGGGACGGGUGAUGGACUUGACAUACACCAACUGUAAGACCACAGAAGACGGCCAGUAUAUCAUCCCCGAUGAAGUCUUUACUAUUCCUCAGAAAGAGAGCAACCUGGACAUGAACUCAGAAAUCCUGGACUCCUGGGUGAAUUACCAGAGCACCACCUCAUUUUCCAUCAACACGGAACUCUCCCUUUUCUCUAAAGUCAACGGCAAGUUCUCUUCCGAGUUCCAAAGGAUGAAGAACCUUCAAGUAAAGGACCAAGCUGUAACCACCAGGGUUCAGGUAAGAAACCUGGUCUACACUGUCAAAAAUAGCCCAACUUCAGAACUCAGCUUGGGGUUUAUGAAAGCACUUAUGGACAUCUGUGACCAGCUAGAGAAAAACCAGACAAAGAUGGCCACCUACCUGGCAGAACUGUUGGUCCUCAACUAUGGCACACACGUAAUCACCAGUGUGGAUGCUGGGGCCGCACUCGUUCAGGAGGACCACAUAAGGUCCUCCUUCCUCCUGGACAACCAGAACAGCAAGAACGCAGUGACUGCCUCUGCUGGGAUUGCCUUCUUAAACAUCGUGAACUUCAAACUUGAGGCGGACUACACCUCCCAGAAUGCUUUGACCAAGAGCUAUCUUUCUAACAGAACUAACUCCAGGAUGCAGAGCAUGGGUGGGGUUCCAUUCUACCCAGGUAUCACCUUAGAAACCUGGCAGAAGGGCAUCACUAACCACUUGGUGGCAAUAGACCGUGAGGGUUUGCCUCUGCAUUUCUUCAUCAAGCCUGACAAGCUGCCUGGCUUGCCAGGUCCUUUGGUGAAGAAGCUCUCGAAGACAGUGGAAACCGCUGUGAGACGCUAUUACACUUUUAACACCCACCCUGGCUGCACAAAUGUCAAUUCCCCCAACUUCGAUUUUCAAGCCAAUAUGGAUGACGGCUCCUGUGAUGAGAAAGUAACCAACUUCACCUUCGGUGGCGUUUACCAGGAAUGCACUGAACUGUCAGGAGAUGUUCUCUGCCAAUACCUGGAGCAGAAGAAUCUGCUCACUGGUGCUUUCUCUUGCCCCUCCGGCUACACCCCUGUCCAUUUGCUGUCUCAGACCCAUGAGGAGGGUUACAGUCGCCUGGAAUGUAAAAAGAAGUGCACCCUCAAAAUCUUCUGCAAGACAGUGUGUGAAGAUGUGUUCCGAGUGGCCAAGGCUGAAUUCAGGGCUUAUUGGUGUGCAGCCACUGGCCAGGUACCUGAAAACUCAGGACUUCUCUUUGGAGGAGUCUUCACUGACAAAAACAUCAACCCCAAGACAAAUGCACAGUCAUGCCCAGCUGGAUAUAUUCCACUGAGGCUGUUUGAGAACCUCAAGGUAUGUGUUUCUCUGGAUUAUGAGUUGGGGUACAGGUUUUCAGUCCCCUUUGGUGGAUUCUUUAGCUGUAUAACGGGGAACCCUUUGGUUAAUUCCAAUGCAUCCAAAAACGCAGGGGCACCAUCUCUGAAGAAAUGUCCUGGGGGCUUCAGUCAACACCUAGCUGCUAUCAGUGAUGGAUGCCAAGUGUCCUACUGUGUCAAGGCUGGCAUCUUUACAGGAGGGGCUCUGCUCCCUGUAAGACUCCCGCCUUACACCAAACCACCCCUCAUGAGCCAAGCUGCCACCAACACCGUCAUAGUGACCAGUAGUGAGACGGCCAGAUCCUGGAUUAAAGACCCCCAGACCAACCAGUGGAAGCUGGGAGAGCCGCUGGAGCUGCGUAGAGCCAUGACGGUUAUCCAUGGGGACAGCAGUGGUAUGCCAGGAGGAGAGGCUGCUGGAAUCACCUUGGCAGUCAUCGCGGCACUAGGAGUUGUCGUUGCUUUGGCCAUCUAUAGUACCCGGAAGUACAAGAAGAGGGAAUACCAGGCAAUUGAUGAGCGCGAGAGUUUGGUUGAAAGUUUAGCCACAGAUGCAUCGGCCUCCAACAGAGAACAGGAUCCCAGUCCAGCUUGACUGUCAUCGAAGAAAACAGUCUCUCGUCGUUUCCAGCCACAGCUUCAAGCACGGUUUUCUCUCGGUUUUCUCUCCUUCUGCCUUCCUAAGUACUGAAGUAACAGAUGCCACAAAAAGCAGGUAUUACCGCUGUGGGACUUCUUGUUUAGGCCUCUGCACCAGGAAAUUAAACGGGCUGUUUAAAAGGGUAUGGGGGGGGGAUGUUUCAUUCAGAAAAAGCUGGAUGGACUGGGACCAAGACAUGAAGCAGGUGUGUAUCCAUUCUCAUGGUUGUCUUUACCUGAAUACGUGUGUAUGCAAAGUAGAGACGUGAAGAGACUGGAUUUGGAGAUUAGGAAUUUAGUCUGAAUUCGAAAGGCUUUCCUGUUUGUGAGCAGAAGGGGUUUGUGCUUUGAGUACCUUGUUACUUCUGUUAUGUUUUUAAAGAAGCUCUCUGGGUUUCACAAACCAUGCAGCAGGCGUGACCUUGACAUGCCUCCAGAGGCCUAAGUGGCCACUACUCUUUAGCUUUAAGGACUCUGUGUUGAUGUACAGACUGUCCUCUCCCAGUGGAAUUCUACUGUCCACUUUCCCCAACUGCCCCAGAAUUAGGACUCGGUCUAGAUCAGUCUUGGGCUUCUGAACAGUGUGAACAAGUCCUCAGACAAUGUUUUAACUUACAAUUUUCUGUUAGGGAGUGAAGGAUAAAGGACCUAUAGGGAAACAAGUAACUAAGGAUAAGGACUGGGGUUCUGGAGACAAAGCCACUAUUCCAGAAUUGAAUUCUUCUGUCUGUCAACUAAUAGCAUUAUAAAUGAGGACCUGAAUGGUGCUGUACUUUGGAUAGGUCAAGCAUUAUGGUUUCAUGUUUGUGUUUCAAAAUUAUAGCCCCUUCCUCUCUUCCCUUCAUUCUUCCUCUCUACUUUUCUCCUUCCCACCUUCCCAUCACGUGUGUGGGGCACACACACAUUAAAACCCCUAUUCUCCAAAAAGAAGCUUUUAUCUUCCUAGGGGUGAAAAAUGCAAAAGUCAAAAUGAGCCCCCAUUUAAGUAUUUACUUCCUCCCUAAAAUUAAAACUAUACAGAAAGCAUCAUCACCCCUUUAGGCUUUGCUGUUUUUCACUGCGAGAAACAGGGCCGAUGUGAUUAAAAACAACACAAAAAUCUUACAUUGUUAACUUCAAAAGGCCUCCAGAACCACCUGUGACAUUUAUUUCAGCUGCAGGUUGACUUCUAUGGGGCAUCUGGCAGGGUACACGAUUGACACCGGACAAUAGUUGGGGUUUUGUUCAAUUUUAAUAUAUGAUUUAAUUCAGCUGCCUCAGAAAUAAUUGUGUACCUAUUCACCACAGCACGUGACUAGUGAGCUAGCUUCUAUGAAAGACCAUGUGUUCUCUCCUCACUGUCUACAGUCAAGGGCUGUGCACACAGUAGGCCUUCUGGAGAGCUCUGAGUGUCUCAGCCUCUGGGAAUGUGGGAAGAAUGACUCAUUCAUUUCCAGCUGAGAUGAACUUGAAUUUGAACAGCUGAUUUGAACUCUGCCCUCCCUCCUGCCCAGCCAAGGGGGGGGGUGAUUUUCACCAAAUCUGCCCUUUUCAGUAUUAAAAUGUUCAAUAUUAAAACUUUUUCCUCCAUGCCUUGUGGAUUACUGAGUGAGUUUUGCUUCAGUCAAGCUAAGAAUUUGUCUUAAAGUGCUGACUUUCCUCUGUGAAUUCUUUAUGGAUUACUGAGUCUGUACAGCAAAGCACAGCAGGAGACUCCUAGACCUAAGGCACCAACUUCCUAUGGAAAUGUUUAAUAUCUGUUCUAUAAACAUGUAGUUCUACUAACAAGAAUGUGUGCAAAUAUGCAUUAAAAUGUGUACUCAGCAA